AUGAGAUUCUUCAACGCAAAAGCUGGCCUGGUGUCAUCUGGCAUAUUGUUGCUCGCAUCAGUGCCAGUCGUCGUCGCCGACUGCGCACUUCCGUCGACUUAUACUUGGACAUCAACUAGCCCUCUAGCGAAUCCCAAGUCCGGAUGGACCGCUCUUAAGGACUUCACCAGCGUGGUUCUCAAUAACAAACACAUCGUCUAUGCAUCAACCUCUGACGCAAGUGGGAACUACGGCUCGAUGGUCUUCGGCGCCUUUUCGGAUUGGUCUGGCAUGGCAACUGCGAGUCAAGUCAAAACGAGCUUUUCAGCCGUUGCGCCCACUUUGUUCUUCUUCCAGCCAAAGAACAUUUGGGUCCUGGCCUAUCAAUGGGGCUCGAGCACGUUUACCUAUCGAACAUCAAGUGAUCCUUCCAAUGCCAAUGGAUGGUCAUCGGAGCAAGCCCUUUUUUCGGGAAAGAUCACCGGCUCAGACACUGGCGCCAUUGACCAGACCGUUAUCGGUGACUCCACGCACAUGUACCUUUUCUUUGCGGGAGAUAAUGGCAAGAUCUAUCGCGCCAGCAUGCCCAUCAACAAUUUCCCUGGAAACUUCGGGACAAGUUCAGAGGUGGUACUUAGUGACACUAAGAACAACCUGUUCGAGGCAGUUCAAGUGUACACUGUCAAAGGCCAGAACAAGUACCUGAUGAUCGUCGAGGCAAUUGGAUCACAGGGACAGCGGUACUUCCGUUCGUUCACCUCCAACAGUCUCGGCGGCUCGUGGGCACCGCAGGCAGCAAGCGAGAGCAGGCCCUUCGCCGGAAAAGCCAAUAGUGGUGCAACCUGGACCAACGACAUCAGUCACGGUGAUUUAGUUAGAACCAACCCUGACCAAACAAUGACCAUCGAUCCAUGCAACCUGCAAUUCCUCUACCAGGGGCGAGACCCGAACGCCGGUGGCAACUACAAUACCCUACCAUGGAAGCCUGCCGUGCUCACUUUGAAAAACUAA